AGGUAUAUAUGUUUUCCCUAGUGACUAUUACUUCCAUAGCAUAUCAACACUGAAUUUACGAAAAAGAUUUCGUUGUUGCUUCAUUUUGAAGGGAUUUUUUUAUUAUGCGUUGAAAUACGAAGAAUAUAUCUUUGUUUCUGUGUUUUUUUAUACGGACUUCUUUGAUACAUAAUAGGAAAUAAAUCGGUUUGGCUAUAUAUCUCUUACAUGAAAUGAUACUGUCAUUAUAUCGUUUGAUGAGGUUACAUCGUUACAAAUGACGGUGUUGUUUAAUCAAAUACAAAGUCAACUUAAAAAUCAUUUAAAUGAAAUGUUCAAAAGAAUUGGAACUGAAGUAUUUUGUUAACUUUAGCUACGACAAAUUACGAAAUAAAUACUUUGUGGGAAUUUAAUGAAUGAAGGCAAAGCAAGAUAUUUUGCGGGGGGUCUUUACUGGGGUUAUUGUGACCCAGGUAGACCAAAAAUCCUCCUCAAUAAUAAGCUUUUGAUCAAGACUGCCAAUGUAAGACUGAACUACUGAUGCAUGGAAUAAUUGUCUUUAACAUUAAAUACGGACAGCAUCAAUGGGAAACUGUUUUUCGUGCUUUAAGGUGUCUCUUCCACCAGCCACUGCCACUCGCUCUUCAUCGUUUGAUUAUAAAGACGAAACAAUGGAAUUGAGAGGUUCAUUCUUAAAUUCUUGCCAACAAACUGGGCCCUUAGUGCCUGAAGCACAUAUAAAUGGAAACACACUAUCAACAUUCAAUAAUGUAGGAUCUGAUAAUUGUGGUUCUAUGCCUACUGUACAAAGUAAUUUACGUUCGUCAAGGGGAUUUUAUGCACGGUUAUCACCAUUGGGUAGAUCUGGAACAUCAUCUGGUCUUAAUACAACCACUGAGUCAAAACAACAAAAAGAACCAUCAGAAAACAAGUUAAAUGCUUUAUUUGACCAAUAUAAGGAUUCACAUGAAGAUGUAAUUUUAGCUGAUGGUAUAGAAAGAUUUUGUAAUGAUCUACAAUUGUCACCAGAUGAAUUUAAAGUACUUGUUCUUGCUUGGAAAUUAAAUGCUAAACAGAUGUGCCAAUUUACACGUCAAGAAUUUGUAAUAGGUUUGAGAGCAAUGAAAGUAGACAGUAUACGUGGUAUACAAGCAAGAUUACCAGAAAUUGUUCAAGAAUUAACUGUAAACAAUGAUUUAUUCAAAGAUCUCUAUCGAUUUACAUUCCGAUUCGGUUUAGAUGUUAAUUCCGGUCAAAGAAUAUUACCAGCUGAUAUGGCAAUUGUUCUCUGGAAGCUUGUUUUCACAAUACGUGAACCACCUCUUUUGUCAAGAUGGCUUAAAUUUUUGGAGUGCCAUCAUGUUCGAGGCAUACCUAGAGAUACAUGGAAUAUGUUUUUAAAUUUUGCUGAAAGUAUCGGUGAUGAUCUUAGCGUUUACGAUGAUGCAGAAGCAUGGCCAAGUUUAUUUGAUGAUUUUGUAGAAUACGAAAAUGAUCAAAUGAACCAAAAUAUCAGCAAAGAUGAUAUAAAAGAUGUUUCUAUUGAUAAUUAAUAUUCGAAAAAAGUUCUAAUUAUAAACAAAUAUUAUCAUUAUAUAUUUAACCUUUGAACGGAAAUAUCUAAAAAUUUUUGAUAUUGAAAUGAUAAAAAUAAUUAUAUUAUUAAAUUUUUUCACUAAUCUUUUAUUUUUUCUUAUGCACUAUCGAAUACAAGAAAAUUUAUUAAAUAAUUUUUCCUCUUUCUUAAAAAAAUUACUGUUCAAAGGAUUUUAUUCAGGGAUAUAUAAAUAUAAAAUUUUGCACAUCUAAUGAACACAUUAGAACAAAAUUUCUAUAAUCUAAAUUUGUGAUACAGUAUGUAUGAACAUAUACAAUUUUUAAGACAUUACCAUUUCUCAAAUUAUGUGAAGAUAUUGGUAAAGAAAAACGAUAGAUGUAAAAAAAGAUGCAAUUAUAUAAAAAUUCUUAAAAAAUUUAUUUGAUAUCACACUAAAAUAGGAUAUAUGAUAUAAUUUUAUUUAGGACUGGUGUAAACAUGCUACUGUAAAACAAAUUUAGUCAUUUGUGAUCAUAGUUUAUGAUAGUGUUUUAAACGGACGUAUGAUUUAUUUAAGUUAUGUUCCUAUUUAUUUUCUUAAAUGUCAAUAAUUAAAGCCUCGACCAUGAUUGAAAUUGCGAAUAAUGAUUAUUAAAAAUUAUUGAUAAACAUAUUUCGAAUAUAAUGACAUUCAUUACACAUAUGUAUAUAGUGCCAUGUCUUUCGAAAAUACUAAAAAAUUAUAAAAAUUGAUGAUAAUUAAUAUAUCAUUAAACAAAUGUAUGACUCGUUAAUAUUUUUGCAUACAAUAUAAAUGUGCUACAUAUUUACAUUGCAGGUUCGAUCAUUACAAACGAUUUUUAGCUUCAUAUAGACUUACUUUAGAAAUUAAUUGACAAUAUUUUUAAAAUAUCAUAAAUAUGCUUAAAUAUAUAUUCAGUGCCCUCUUAUCUGCAAUACUUACGAGAAGUACAACAUUUAAGACAAAAUAUAAUAAUUUUAAAAAUAAUUGUUGUUCACAUAGAGGAUCUUUUUAUAUAAUAUAUUUCAAAGUGAAUAAAAUCAUUGAUAAUAUGAUUUGCUUUGUCACUUACAAUUAGUAAAGUAAGAAGAAUAUUUAGUAACAUUAUUGUAUUUAAUAAAUAGAAAAUUUGCUAAAUUUAAUGUAUAGAAGAAUUUUUGAUUAAAAGAUAAUUAGUUAUUUUCUUGUAAUUUGCAUAAAAACUGUAACAAGGUCUGUAUAAAUAAUAAAUAUAUUGAAAAUUCUAUAAAUCAUAAUUCGGGCCCAGAAAGAAAUAAAAAAUAGUGAAUAAUUUAGUAUGAAAGUAAAUAUUGUAUAGAAUUAUACUGUACAUUAAAUUUAUGAAAGAAACUACUAUGUACUUUGCAUUCUAACAGCAUCUAUAAUAUGAAAAAAGGUCCUCUGUGUCAAUAUGAAGCAUUAUCAAUUUUAUAAAAUUAUCGAAAUUAUACAAAUGUGCAUAACUUAAAGUCAACAUACGCACAUGUAUUGUUAAUUUAUCUUUGUGACUUAAUGAGGACUUAUAUCUAUGUUUAAAUCCAGACGUACCGAAAAAAGUUUUAUGUAAUAAGUUUAUACCUGAAACACGUUUUGUUAAAUGCUUCUGUUUAACUAGAUCUUGAAAAUUAGUUUAAAAAGAUAUAUGACCUUGUUUUUAUUGUGAUAACUGCUUAUGAGAUCAAAUAAUGUAAAAGCAUUGUUGUCAAGAAUAUGGUAACAAUGCAGUGAAUCAAGUGAUAAACAUAAAUAAAAUUUGAGUUAAAAUUUAA